AAUAACAGGAAAAAUUAGUCCAAAAGGCAAAGUGCCUAUGGAAGGAAGAAAAAACACAGAAAGCUCACAGAGCCUAACAAGAAACUAGGGGAAACUUUCUUGGGGAAAAGAAAACGAUUCUCCAAAAUUUUCCGACAAAAUAACAACCAAGAACAUAAAAAGGAAUAACAAGACCAAGAGAUACAAGCUGUGGAAGUGCAGAACUGAGCUUUGCUGUAGCGAUUUUCGGUAGAGAGAGGCUUGGGAAGAUGAUAUCAUCCUUUGCGACACCGUCUUCUUCUUCUUCGUCUACGACUUCUCCGGCCUCAUCAGUUGUGGUUCGGGUGGAGAAGGCCACAAGCGAGCUACUGAUCGGUCCUGAUUGGACUUUGAAUAUUGAUAUUUGUGAUUCCAUCAAUUCCAACCAUUGGUUAGCCAAAGAUGUUGUGAAAACUUUGAAGAAAAGGCUGCAGCACAAGAAUCCUACAGUGCAGCUACUUUCUUUAACGCUUCUAGAGACAAUGGUGAAAAACUGUGGCGAUAUUGUGCACUUUCAAAUUGCUGAGAGAAAUAUACCGCAAGAUAUGGUCAAAACUGUAAAGAAGAAGACUGAUAUGCAUGUUAGAGAUAAAAUCCUUGGCCUGCUAGACUCUUGGCAUGAGGCAUUUGGUGGUCCGGGAGGGAAAUAUACUCAGUAUUAUUGGGCGUAUGAUGAACUCAGGCGGUCUGGUGUACAAUUUACUCCACCAAGACAGCAUCAACCAGGUUAUGGAAUGCCAGGCAAUUCUUCAACAAGACUUGAUGAAGCCAUGGCAGCUGAGAUGGAAAGUUUGAGUUUAUCAACCAUUAGCUCAAUGGGGGAUGUUGUUCAUCUUUUGGCUGACAUGCUGCAAGCUGUGAAUCCUGGUGAUCAUACAGGUGUGAAAAAUGAAGUUAUAGUUGAUCUUGUUGACCGCUGCCGUGCCAGUCAAAAGAAACUAAUGCAGAUGUUGACUACAACCGGGGAUGAAAAGCUUCUAGCACAGGGUCUGGAAUUGAAUGAUAGUCUACAAAGUGUGCUUGCAAAACAUGAUGUCAUUGCUUCUGGUGCCACUGCAUUCCCAAGCUCAGUCUCAGCAACCAUUAAUCAUCAGCCAUCAUCUCCGGAGCCUGCCACCCCAAAAGUAGCAGAAAAUGCAGCGGCUGCAGCAACACCUGACACUAAACAACCCUCUUAUGAUCUUGUUGCCCAACCCCCCAUACCUAUUUUAGACGAAGAAGAAGACGAUGACUUUGCUCAGUUGGCUAGAAGGCAUUGUUCGAAAACAGCACAAGUUCAGAUGAAUGGAACGGCAAUGUUCUCAGAUUCAGCAGACAUGAGCAGCAGUGCUUUGGUUCUUUGUGACCCGCCAGAACCAGUGAGAACCAAAAAAGAGGAAGAACAAGAUAUAAUCAACGAGCUCUUGGGGGCCUUAACCUUGGCAACAACUGCAUCUUCUCCACCACGUGCAGCACAUACUCCACAAGAUCACGUUCACCAUACACCCCUUUCUCCUAUUGGCGACCAAGAGGCUGCCAAUUCAGGGACAGCAGCCUUCAACAACUAUGUAGCUCCUUGGGCUAAGCCGCCGCCGCCACACCAGGCCCAACCUGAUCCUCCUCAUCAAUACUCUUACUACUCUGCUACUGCUGCUGCUAGUGCUUACCCGCCUCCACCUUGGGCUUCAACUCCCGGUUAUUUCAGCAGUAACCGCUCAACUUACACCCUCCUCUCAACUCCUCCGCCGGUCAGUGCCAACGUUGAAAAUCCAGUCCAAGCUGGUGGAGGAAUCGAUUCUAAGGAUGCAGUUGGUGCACAGAUUUCAUCAACCCCCCAACCAGCACCAAAUGCACAGAAAACAUUUGUUCCCUCAUAUAGGCUGUUUGAAGAUCUAAACGUUUUCGGUGAUGAAAACCAGAAACUCAAGAUGACAUAUAACCCCUCAGCCCGUAUGUCUGGAAAGCGCACAUAAUUGCAUCAGUCAAAACUUCUCAAGUCUCAACCAAACAACUUACAUACUCAUCCCAUCAGCCAUAUAUACUCUUACAAUGGCUGGUGGCUGUCUAUCCUUAUAUGAUACUGUCAAUAUGUGAUGUGUACAUUGAAAUGCAAUCCUUCUUUCUGCAACUCUUGGCUUUGUUUUUAAUUUUGUUUGGAGGAAGAACUGCCUAUUAAGAAGAUUGAUCUUGUUGAGUUGGUUGUCACAGAUGUU